GUUCGCUCUUCAAACUUAACUUCUCUCCAAAGUUAGACGACUGUACUGUUGAGCUCAGCAUUUGGAUCUCUGACAUGGAGGAUAUGUUGUCAUUCUGGGAUGUGGCUAUAUAUUUCUCUGGAGAGGAGUGGGAAUACCUGGGUCCUGCUCAGUGGAAUUUAUACAGGGACGUGACAUUGGAGAAUUACAACAACCUUGUGUUUCUGGGUCUUGCUUCCUCUAAGCCAUACCUGGUCACAUUUCUGGAGCAAAUAGAGGAGCCUUCAGUUGUGAAGAAAGGAGAGGUUACCACUAUGUAUUCAGGGAAAAAAUGUUAUACCUGCAAAGACUGUGGGAAAGUUUUUGAGGAGAAAAAAGUAUUUCAAAGUCACUACAGACUUCAUGUAAGAGUGAAAACCUACAAGUGUGAAGAAUGUGGCAAGUCCUUCCGUUUUCCGUCAUUACUUUCUAGACACUACAGAGUUCAUACAGGAGAAAAACCCUACAAGUGUGAAAUAUGUGGCAAUGGCUUUCCUUAUCCUUCAAGGCUUUCCACCCAUAUGAAAACUCAUACAGGAGAGAAACCAUACCAGUGUGAAGUAUGUGGGAAGGCCUUCCAUAAUCCAUCAAUACUUUCUAUGCACAAGAGAAUUCAUACAGGAGAGAAACCCCACAAAUGUGAAGAGUGUGGCAAGACUUUCAGAGAUUCAUCAAUACUUUCGGGGCACAAGAGAAUUCAUACAGGAGAGAAACCCUACAAGUGUGAAGUAUGUGGCAAGGACUUCUAUUUUCGAUCAAAACUUAAUAUACACAAGAAAAUUCAUACAGAAAAAAAUCUCUACAAGUGUGAAGUAUGUGGCAAGGCCUUUGAUAAUCGAUCAAGGAUUUCCAACCAUAUGAAAAUUCAUACAGAAGAGAAACCAUACAAGUGUGAAGUAUGUGGCAAGGACUUCCAUUAUCUAUCCAAACUUUCUAAACACAAGAAAAUUCAUACAGAAAAAAAUCUCUACAAGUGUGAAGUAUGUGGCAAGGCCUUUGAUUAUCGAUCAAAACUUAAUAAACACAAGAAAAUUCAUACAGAAGAGAAACCAUACAAGUGUGAAGUAUGUGGCAAGGCCUUCCAUUAUCUAUCCAUACUUUCUAAACACAAGAUAGUUCAUACAGAAGAGAAUCCCUACAAGUGUGAAGUAUGUGGCAAGGCCUUUGAUUAUCCAUCAAGGCUUUCCGACCAUAAGACAAUUCAUACAGGAGAGAAACCAUACAAAUGUGAAGUAUGUGGAAAUGCCUUCUGUUAUUCAUCAUCACUUCGUAAACACAAGAUAAUUCACACAGGAGAGAAACCCUACAAGUGUAAAGUAUGUGGCAAGGGCUUCGAUUAUCGAUCGAGACUUUACAAACACAAGAAAAUUCACAGAGGAUCAAAACCUUAAAAUUAUGAUGUAUCAGUCAGUUCCUUAGAACUUUCCAGCUUCUUUCUCCUCAUUUGAUAACUCAUUCUGGAGAGAAACCAUACAAAUGUGAAGAAUGUGGAAAAGCCUCCUCUACAAAGUCGUACCUAUAUCUACACAAAUUAACUCACAAUAUAGAGAAUAUUUACAAAUGAAAAAAUUAUGUCAAAAUGCUCAACAAUAAAUUAGGGAUCAUCAAAGAAUUCAUUUGGAAAGAAACCAUACAAAUGUAAAAAAAUGUAGCAAAUACUUUAGAAGUUCCAUAGCAUGAUCUGAACACAGAACUCUUCAUAUUGGAGAUACACUCCACAUGUAAAGAAUGGGGCAAACACUAUUAUUAUCAGUCUUCUUGCCUUAAAGAACAUCAAAGAAUUCAUCUGAGAGAAACCACAUAAGUGUGAAGAAUGGGAUUCUUUUGGACUUACUCAAAAUUUGGGAAAAACCUCAUAAUUCAUACUAGGCUAAAAUGCCACAAGUGUAAAAAAUGUUGCAAACCCUUUAAUAAGCCUUCUUACAUUUUUCAAAUCAAGGUAGUUCAAACUGGAGUGAAAUAAUAUAAAUGUUAAAAUGUCCAUAAAAUCUUAACACUUUUCCAGACCCUAAAAGUUACCAAAAGCUUCAUGGUGAAUGGAAGCCCUAUAAGUUUGGGGAACGUGGUAAAGUUUGGAAUCAUUCAUACAAUCAUGUCAAGAGUGGAGUUGUUUGUUAGUCUGUGUGUUUGUUCUUCUGGGUUUGGGGCAGAUUCUUGCUUUCUUUUGUUUCUUCUGUUUUAGAAUUGAAACACUUGUUCUAUACCAGUUUGUAGAAAAAUAGUCACUUGUUUUUAUGUUGUAGGGGCACACAGUUAAGAGAUUGCCUUGAGUCUCACAUGACACUUGGAGUAUGGUCUUUUAUAGUAUUGUAAUUAUUAAAUACUUUGUGGACCUUUCAA